CUGAGGGAGGCGGGCGGGCGGAAGGACGGACGGCUUUUCCUUCGCUCUUUCGUCCCUCCGUCCAUCCCUCCCGCCAUGGCCCGGGACUACGACCACCUCUUCAAGCUGCUCAUCAUCGGCGACAGCGGUGUGGGCAAGAGCAGUUUGCUGUUACGCUUCGCGGACAACACUUUCUCAGGUAGCUAUAUCACCACGAUCGGGGUGGACUUCAAAAUUCGCACGGUGGAGAUCAACGGGGAGAAGGUGAAGCUGCAGAUCUGGGACACGGCGGGGCAGGAGCGCUUCCGCACCAUCACCUCCACGUAUUACCGGGGGACCCACGGGGUCAUCGUGGUGUACGACGUCACCAGCGCAGAGUCCUUCGUCAACGUCAAGCGGUGGCUGCACGAAAUCAACCAGAACUGCGACGACGUGUGCCGGAUAUUAGUGGGGAACAAGAACGACGAUCCCGAGCGGAAGGUGGUGGAGACGGAAGACGCCCACAAGUUUGCCGGGCAGAUGGGGAUCCAGCUGUUCGAGACGAGUGCCAAGGAGAACGUCAACGUGGAAGAGAUGUUCAACUGCAUCACGGAGCUGGUCCUGCGAGCCAAGAAGGAAAACCUGGCGAAGCAGCAGCAGCAGCAACAGAACGACGUGGUGAAGCUCACGAAGAACAGUAAACGGAAGAAGCGCUGCUGCUAAUGGCGCCGCCCGCCGCAGAGACUCCCGGGCGCGCCCCGCUUCGGCCCCUUAUUUAAGAGAUUUUUCUCCACGUUUCCUCCUGGGCGGCGGCGGCGGAGGCGGCGUUGGCGGCGGCCGGCGGGCCGAGGAGGUGACGGAGCCCCGGGGUGGGG